AUGUCCUCCUGGGUCUUUUCCAACACGACCUGGGGCGUGUGCGGCGUGUUUGCCCUCCUUUCCUUGAUCAUCACCUGCCAUCAGAUCUACCAGCACCUCUUUCACUGGACCAAACCCAUCUAUCAGAAAUGGAUCGUGCGCAUCCUCUUUAUGGUGCCUGUCUAUGCCUUUGCGAGUUGGCUUAGCCUCAAAUUUUACGAUGACUCGGUCUACUUUGACACCGUCCGCAACUGCUACGAGUCCUUUGUCAUCUACAGCUUCCUGUCCCUCUGCUUCGCCUACUUGGGGGGAGAGAGCGCCCUCGUUCACGCGCUCACAGACGGCCUGUUUGAAGAGGGCGACAUGGAUCCACGUCGCGGGUACCUCUACGUGGCCAUCGCCUACAAUAUUUCCAUCUUCAUGGCCAUGAUGGGUCUUGUUUGGUUUUAUCAGGCUACAGCAGACCUUCUCGCGUGCGUUUUGUUCCCCACCAGCCACACCUUUGCAACCGCAUCCGUGGCUUAUUUUAAAUGUCCACACCGUAGGCCCCACAAACCCGUGCUCAAGUUCCUCAUUGUCAAGUCGGUCAUCUUCUUGGCCUUUUGGCAAGGCAUGGGUCUUUCCAUCGCGGGUGCAGCUGGCGCAUUUCGCAAUGAGACACAAGUGAUCAGCCCCAAGGACUUGGUGCAUGACACUAUCCGAAACUUUUCAUCCAAGUACAACAAGUACCACCAUCAGAGUAAUGCCGAGUCGGACGAGUCAGAUCAGGAAGCUCCGGGGGAGGACGAGGAAAGGCGCGUCGGUCUUGAUCCGAUCAAUGAGGCUGCACCUGGUUCAAUGGCAGCCAUGGACCCAGACCGGUUUUCAGUCGGCUCUUGGGGAGAGGAGACAGCCAUGGGGCAUGUCCGCCAUUUGAAACAACCCGAUGCACGGCAGAGCCUUAUGCAGCCUGAUUCGGAUGAAGAAGGCAACUCGAUCAUUUAG